CCAGAAGAGAAGAGUGAAACUGAUAGUAUUCUAGUCAGUUCACCUCUUCUGCUCUUGUGGGACAAUCACUUUGUGGUCCAGCAAGAACAAAGAAACGGCACUCCAGAGCCUGUUGUAGAUGACUAUAAAAAGAUGGGGACUCUCUUUGGUGAACUUAACAAAAGCCUUAUCAACAUAGGCUUCACAAGGAUGUAUUUUGGAGAACGGAUUGUGGAACCUGUAAUAAUCAUAUUCUUCUGGGUUAUGCUUUGGUUCCUUGGCUUACAAGCUCUUGGACUAGUUGCUGUUCUGUGCCUUGUCAUUAUUUACGUGCAACAGUAGACUGUGGUGAAUUGGUCUGCUGAAUAACAUAUUACAGCCAUGUCACCUUUCAGUGGAUGUCUGUGUUUAAGCAAACACGUGUAGCAUUUUAAAAGCUGCAAUGUUCCAAAUUGUGCUACACAUUAGUUUGUUAGGUUUUUACAUUCAGACUAAAAUUAUGUAUGCAUUUUAAAGGAAGUCAUCAGUGCUACCACAUCUCCAGAGGGAAUGAAAACGAUAUCUUCUUAAUAAUGGUACUGUCCAAAGUAACUUACUGUUUUGAAGAGCUUGUCUACUCGGUAAUUUAGUAUGUGGCAAGCCAGGAUGUGAAUCUGCAGCACACCAGCAUGCCAGAUACUAACUCUGUGUGUGGACAAGCCCUAUGUGAGGGUACAUGAGCCACUGCAACCUUCAGGGCUAAGUCCUAGGUUGCUUUUUUAUUAAAUGUGGUAUAGCAACAUCUCCAUCUGAAUGGGAUCAGCCUCUCUUCUGUGAUGUGGCUGUUAUUUUGAAACUACUUUCUUGUGUAAUGGAAAUUUUCUCUUUAUUUGGAAGAAUACACAUAAACAUGAGUUUUGUGUUCUGUUGUUUUUACAUUGUUCUCCGUAAGCUUUUCUGAAAGCUUGAACCUAAAAUCUGUUAACUAGCUAAAUAAAAUGUGUUCCUCCAUUGGCUUGCACUUUUAUGCUCAUGCAUAUUGGUUUGUUACUGUAACGCCAGGCCUACAUUAGAAAAGGUUUGUCUAUCUGUGCCAACAUAACUAUACCAGAAAAUCCUCCUCCAGUAGGCAUAGCUUAUACUGGAGAAGAAGUAUGUUAUCAGUAUAACUGUAUCUACCCUCAGGCUUUUGCCAAUAUAAUAUUGUCAGGGUUAAAAAUAAUACCCAUAGCUGACAUUAAUAUAAUGGCAAAAGUUUCUAACGUAGACCAGACAUAGGCCAUGUGUACUUAGCUGUGGUCAUUAAUACCUUUUAUAAAUAUCAGAAGAGUUCUCUUAGGGAGAAAAAUAAUUUGAGGACUUUGCAAAUAAAUAUAAAUCCCCCACCUAGCAAGUUUGUUAUAAUACUGAUUACUGUCACUCUAUAGGACAAGUUUGGGUUGCAAGAUGGGUUGCAUUCCUAGGAUUCAGUGUGUAUCUGUCAACUUGGAUAAGGUUUGCUAAAGAUUGGGCCCAAUCCUAACUUAGUUGCAAGCUUUGGUUAUAUGAGCACAUCAGGCCCAGCCCCUAAUGUAAGAUAUGAGAAAUUAUGCAAGUAAGGUAAGUAUAGAAAGAUAGAGAGAUUUCAACUGCAGUCUCUCAGGAUUUUUGUGUGUAUGAUUGGGAAAUCUAACAUCUAGAGAUGUGUGUGGUAAGCUAAAAUAUCAAAUAAUAAAAUAUUAUAUAGAGGUUUAAAAUAAACAUGUAAAAUCCACUUUGGUAAUGUAGGAUCCAAUCCUGAAAAGUGCUGAGCAGAGGAAAAGACAGAGAAAAUCUUCACUAAAUAGGCUGACUACCUGUUUAGCACCCUCCCAAAUCACUCUAUUAUAUAUAGAGAACUGAUUCUGACCGCAUGCCUUUUUUCAUUAUUACAUUUGUUUAAAGAAAGCAAUUUACGAUUUGGGAUGUGCUGUUGUACUUUUUGUUUCUGCAAAUGUGUGGGUUGACAAAUCUUAAUCAUAAGUAGUCUUACUUACAAACUGGGCUUCAUCCAAAGACAAUUGAAGUCAUUGAAAACAAUCCCUAUGGCCCCAGUCCUUGGGUUAAUUGGGUCGUUAGGAAGAUUCUUGUGUCCACUUGGAGUUUAUUGGAGUCUAUGCCCUACACACAUUGAUCUAGGUGCAGGGCCUAAGGAGCUAUUCCUUGUAAGCUUUUACAGUCUUUUAAAUCAAUUAUUAUUUGUGGAUUUAAGCACAAAGGCCCCAAUCCUACAAACAUUAUCCAUGUGUUUGCCUCUGUAAGUAGUCCCACUGCAUUCAUGAGACUAUUUGCAUGUGAAACGUUAAGCUCAGCUGUACGUUUGUGUCAACCGGGAACCAUGUCAAAGAAUGUAUCCGUGUGUACAUGUGUAAAAUAAUGACACUGGUGACAUGGGAAUAAUGUACAUUCAUAAACUGUUCAUAGAUAUGCUUUGCUCAUACAUUAAUCAUAAUCUGGAUUUCCAAAAGCUAAGUAGAAAUAUAAUUUGAAUUUAAUGGCGGGUGCCUCAGGGGAAACACGUUUUAAAAUCCUUUAAAAAUAAUAUAGUAUACCCUGUAUGUUUGUGUAUUGUGUGUGUGUGUGUGUGUGUGUGUGUGUGUGUGUUAUGUAGUAGUGAUUUUGUGUGUGUGUGUAGGCUGUAUUAUAAAAAUGGAUUAUUUUUUACGUCAUGCCUUUUUCCUCCUGUGCAAGUUAUGAGCCUUUAAUGUGAACCCUUUUGCAUGGGUAGGGAAAAGGUCAAUGUCUCAUAGGAAACAGGGUGUGCACAGACUACAUGUUGUUAUGCAAAAUUCCCUGAUUUCCUGAAGUAAAGGAAACCUUCUCUUGUUUUGGAACUUACAGAAUAGCUGGCCAGAAGUGGGGCUACUUGGUCACAGGCCAGAAAUGAAAUAGGGAAAAUAAUGUAGCUACCUGCAUAGAAUAUGUUGUCUGUGCAUAGUAAUGAUCACAAACGGUAGGCAUAUAAUCAUCCCAGCAGCUCUCCUUCCCACACAUGUCAUUAAACACACUGACAAAAAAGUGGUUCUUUUCUUUUGAACUAAAAUCAAGUGUUUUGUCAGUGAUGUCUCUCCUCUUUUGAAGAUUCUGCAUAUUUAUGACCCUAAAAAAACCAAUUUCCCUCUAUUUAUUACUGAAACUUUAUGAAAUAGAUGGAGACAGACAAAUCUCUUUUGAAAAAGUCAACCUAUCGUUAGGACACCUUUUUCCCCCCCUCCCGCAACGUUUCAGUAUUGUCCCCUAUUUCGUUACUUAUAGACUGUGACAGUCACUUAAAAGGAUCGUAUACAGGAUCAUCUGCCUUUAAUAUCUAUGCAUUACAUCAUGUCCCUUUCAUGUUUUUUUGGUUUUGUUUUAUUGUUUGGGUGGGUUUUUUAUUUUUGAAGGUGAACUAUUCAAUAGAAUAGUCCAUUAUAUUGAAAAUGGUUUUAAAUGAGCAACAUAACUGAACAAAGAUGUGUAUCAAAAGAAAUUGCAUUAUAAAAUUGUCAAGUACAGUACUGCAAGAAAAUAUGAGCAGCUUUUGCCUUGCUUCUCUUCCCUACCCUGAAGCUACAGUUUGAAAUCCUUAGGAGUUUUGAGUAUGUAAAGAAUUCAGAAUAGAAUCCUACUCCAGAAAUAAAGGAUGAAUGUAAAUUUUGUUUGAGACUAUAUUCCUUGUAUCCAAUCUGAAAAUUAUUAACAAUAAUACAUGUGACUGUCAUUUUCUCUCUCCAGUUCUGAUUACACAUACUUAUGUUUGUAUAUGCUGAUCAUAUAAAAGAAUAACAUCACCCAAAUGCACAUCAAAUAAUGAACUCUGUAAUCCUUAUUGGUCUUUGGGGCAUAUAAUAAGAUUUCUGUAGAACUCUUACUGUGUCCCCAAAAGAGCCUGUAUUUGAAUUAAUAUGUACAGUGAGGAAACUGUACAUAUAGCAAGCUGAUGAAACCUCAUUUGCACUGAAAAUUGACAUACUGAAAUUGUCUGAGUGGAAAUGUUGUUUCCUGGAGAUAUUUGUCUUGUGGCAAGCACUUUGUUACUCUUUCUAAUAAAAUAUAUUCUGUCCUCAAAUAAA